UACUGUAAUGUUCUGUUGUCCUGCACUGUUAAAACUGGUAGAAAGACUACUAUCAUUUAUAUAAGCUGUUGUUGUUAUACAAGCUGUUGUGUAGCCAUGGGGGCAGCCAUUCAAAUACAGGAUGCACAUUAGAUCAAAAACAAGUUCUGAAGUAUCCUAUUGUACACUACAGAGCUUAUCUGUUAUCUGCUGUGUAUCCUGUGCCUUUUCUCCUUUUUCAGCUGGCUACACAGCAGUUAUAUUAUAUAAACUAUAAUAGAGUUUCUGAAGAAAAUACAUCAAUUGUACAAGUGCAGAACAACAGUGCAUUGCUGUACUUUAAAAAACUUUCAUUUGUUGGUGUUACUGUUCCUUUAAGCUCCUGCCUCUAACAACUCUGUGUUACUUCCCUAUAAUGAGCAGAGGGAAAAGUUCAGGAUGAGGGUGACGAGCAGAUCAGAGCAAGUAAGACGCACAGACACAGACACACACCUUGCAUUGAUACUGCAAUGAUGGGAUCCUACUGGCACCUGUCUGCCCCAAUACUGCUGCUGUUCUCAUUGCUUGGCUCUGUAUCUUGCCUACAGAAUGUAUCAGGGAAUGAGGGUGGAUCUGUAACUCUCACAGUGAAGCUGAAUUUACCUGCACAGAAUGAGAGGACCGUAACAUGGAAGUUUGGUGUCAGUACAAUUGCAACUGCAGUACUGGGUAACCCUCCUACUUAUAAUAACAGCUGCACAGACAGAUGCUCCCUGUAUGGAAACGCUAAUCUCCAGAUGGACAAUCUCACUCCUGCAGAUACAGGGGAAUAUACAGUCACUGUAUUCAACAUACUCACUUCUCAGCAACAAACAGAACAGUUUCAUCUCACAGUUUACAGUCCACUUACCACUCCAACUCUCAAAGUGAACAUAUCUUAUGGCAAUGCUUAUCCUGUUAAUGGCACCAAUGUGGCCCUCCAUUGUGACUCUGGGGGUCAGAAUGUGGUUAAUUACACUUUUUACCAAGGUGUAGUUGAUGCCUGCUCUCAGCCCCAUGUGACCUGCAACAAAGACUUCCUGUACUUCCAGCCAAUCACGAUGAGUGACACCGGGAGAUACACCUGUAAAAUAGAGAAUCCUAUCAGCAGUAACACCAGCCAGCCGCUCAGUCUAACAGUCAUAGCAAAUGUAUCUAAUGUGACACUGAGCAGUAAUGCAUCUUCAAGGCUGCUGUGGGCAGGAAAGGAUUCAGUGAAUCUAACAUGUUCAGUUCUUGGCAUUAUUGCCACCUUCUCCUGGUACCUGGAUGGAGCACCAUUACCUCCAGACUCCAGAUAUCACUUAAUGAAUUCCAACUCCAGCCUCAUUAUCAGCCCUGUGGAGAGGACAGACAACGGACCCUUCACCUGCACUGCCUCUAACAGUCUGAACAGUGAGACCAGUAACCUCCUGACUCUCAGACUUGGAUGGUUUCCUGAAAGAAAUAUUCAGUGUAAUGCAGCCAGAUCGGACCAGACAGUGACACUGAGCUGUUCUUGGCCUGGAGGCAACCCUGCUGCAAAUGUUACCAUGAUAUUUCAGAAUACAAAAUACACAGCACAAGAUACAGUGACUAGGGAUGUACCCCUUAAUGUCAUCUCCUCUGGGGCAGAACUGACCUGCUUGGGUGCACAAGGGGGGCAGGAUAUGGCCAGCACCAUGAUCUUGGGAACUCCAAUCGGGUCACAAAGUAACACUGUCUCUUCAGUGACAAAAGGAGAAAAUGUCUCCAUGUCUGUCAACUUAAACUGGAGCAGAAAUGUUUCUCCCAGAAUUCAAACCCUUCCUGCAACAUUCUCCUGGUUCCAUCGUAGUUCUGACCGCCCUCUUUCAGUCAGUGGAGGAAAGAUCUCAGUCAUUUCCAGUGAUUAUAAAUCAGAGCUGGUGAUCUCUUCAGUGACUUCCAGUGACAAUGGAAUUUAUGAAUGUGAAGCCAAAAACUUUUUAGGAAACUCAACAUUCUCCUUUCAACUCAGUGUGACUUCAGGUUCAAACCAGCUGUCUCCUGGUGCAAUAGCCGGCAUUGUGAUCUCUGUCCUGUUUGUUGUAGCACUGAUACCUCUCACCAUCUUCUUCAUUCUUCGCAAGAAGAAGAACAACAACAACAACAACAACGCUCCCACAAGUCCAGUAUAUGAGAAUACAGGCGCCCAAGCACCAAACACUUAUGAUCGUGUCAUUACAGGAUCAACGGAGACCAUGGCAGGAAAUAGGCCCCAGGAAUCCAGCUAUCAGGAGCUUCAGUUCCCAAGUAAUGAUGUGUAUAAUCAUUUGAGGAGAACACCCAGAUAAAAUCCAGAUUAUUACAAUGCUGGAGACUCAAUACAGACUCAAUACAAGCUGUGGGUGAAAAAACAGAACUUAAUGGAAACACAAAGGGGAAUCAAUCUUCCCAGACUUUGAGUGAUAUUUGUCAAUGCCCUGUUCCACCCAGACCACAGCCUCUGUUCCACCCCUACUUGGGAUACGAUACAAUAAAUUCUGUUCAAGUAUAUCGAAAGAAGCCUAAUGUGUGGAUGGCAAUGGAAUCUAUACCUGUCCUGCCCAUUAGAUGUGAGUUGGGACAAUUCUGGAACUACGAUCAUUACACUGGAAGUGAAAGCAUAUGGUAUACAGUAUAUGGGGUGCACUUGCAGGGAUAUAUUUUUAGAAGUGUGAAAAAUGUUAAAUACUACUA